UAAAACCCUGUUUUGUUAAAUCUCUGCAAAUAAUGAUCGACCGAGAUUUUAUGCGAGACGUAAACUUCGAAGUGUUACUGCUUGGUCACUGUUACACGGACUAAUCAUAUGCGUGUGAAAUGCCAGCAACAAUUCUCGUCCGUGUUCAAUCUCCCGACCAUGGAACGAAAAGGAUAGAAACUAAAGGAACCGAUACGGUUGCAAAUUUCUUAAACAAGGUACAGGCUGAAUUUGGUUUAAAAGAUACUGGGUGGAACCUUUACAAAAACCGUGACAAAUCGGGGUUUAUACGCAACAGCCGAGCAAAAAAAGUUGAUGACUUUAAAAUCAAACAUGGAGAUAUGCUGUACAUGGUCUUGGAGGAGAGGAUAAACACUGGUAGUGCAGCAGAUGGAAACACCCCAGAUGCUGCAGCCAUUUCUUCAGUUGCUGUUGGUGUGAGUAAUCUGUCAGCUGCAAGCAGCUCAGAUGUAUGUGUAGAGGACGAAGUGGAUCAGAUUCUGGGAAAGCAAGAUGGGAAGAUCUAUCGAAGCAGAAAUGAUCAGUUUUGCCGUCAUGGUCCCCAAGGAAAGUGCCUUCAUUGUGUUCCUUUGGAGCCAUACGAUGAAGAGUUUCUUAGAGGUUGUGAUCCUCCCAUCAAAUUUCUCUCGUUCCAUUCCUACAUUCGCAAAUUGACUGGAGGCGUGGAUAAGGGAAAGUUUGUGAACUUGGAAAACAACUGUAAAAUAAAGCCUGGAUGUAGAGAACACCCACCUUGGCCUGGUGGAAUAUGUACAAAGUGUCAGCCGAAUGCUAUCACACUGAAUAGACAGCCCUAUCGUCAUGUAGAUUACAUAAUGUUUGAGAAUUCUACAGUGGCUGAUCGUUUUCUGAACUACUGGCGCAACACUGGCAACCAGAGAAUUGGUAUAAUGUAUGGUCGCUAUGAGCCACAUAAAGAUGUCCCACUUGGUAUAAAGGCAACAGUUGCAGCCAUCUAUGAACCACCACAGAAAAACUCCCCAAAUAAAAUUGAACUUUUACCUGAUUCCAAAGAGGUGAUGAUCAAUGAUGCAGCAAAGCAGCUUGGUUUGAUUCCUGUAGGCUGGAUAUUUACAGACUUGGUAGCAGAAGAUCUGUCAAAAGGAACUGUCAGAAAUUUUAGAGGAAACAUCGAUUCCCACUUCCUCAGUGCAGAAGAGUGUGUAAUGGCAGCAGACUUUCAGAACAAGUUCCCUAAUCCCUGCAAACUUUCGCCUGAGGGACACUUUGGCUCCAAGUUUGUGACAGUCAUUGCCACAGGUGACAACAAUAACCAGAUUCAUUUUGAAGGCUACCAGGUGUCUAAUCAGUGUAUGGCAUUAGUCAAAGAUGACUGUCUCAUUCCCACCAAGGAUGUUCCAGAACUAGGCUACAUAAAGGAGUCUUCCAAUGAGCAGUAUGUCCCAGAUGUGUUCUAUAAGGGCAAAGACAGCUAUGGCAAUGAGGUGACACAUCUGGCUCGGCCACUUCCAGUAGAGUAUUUGCUAGUUGACAUGCCAGCAGCUUUUCCAGCAGAUUUCCAAUACACAUUUCGAACUCUGGAAGGACCUCGCUUUUUCCCUGUGGAGAACCGUGCUGGCAUGGGUGAAACACAGGAUUUCAAUGCUUUGAUGUCUUACAUGGAGCAGUUUAGUCCCAACCAGUUUCUUAAUGCCAUGUCAGACUUUCAUCUCCUCAUGUUCUUAACAACAUCAGAAAUGCUGCCAUUGAGAGAACAGCUGGGAUUGCUUUUGGAGGCUGUGAAGACACAAGAUGAGGCCAAAGCCUUGCAGUUCAAAAAGACAGAGGAGUGGGCAACAGUGGAGGAGAUGAUAUCAGCGCAUGCGCCAUCACAUGCACCACCGCCAACAUCUUACGCUGGUCCUGGGGCUGUUCCAUUACCUCCCAGCAGUGGAGGGAGGGCAAUGGGCAUGUGGACCUGUGCUCACUGCACUUUCCUGAACCAACCUGGACUGGCAGUCUGUGAGAUGUGCUCAUUGCCAUAUUCAGGCUCUUCCAUGUAAACCUCGAGUUUUAGUAAGCUUUCUGCGUCUUGCAAAAGAAGAUUUUAUUGAAGCAGUUUAUAAAAAAGCUUAUUGCAAACAAAAAGGGGUUGUAUUUGGAAUGAAAGUGGGCAUAACUGCAUGCAGUCAUUGAUGAGAACAGAGAAUUGCUUUCUCAAGCCAUUUGUGAUAAGUGAGUUCAAAAGCUCAUGCACCACUCUGUGGAUCUGCAAGCAUUAUUUCUAAAGAACAUUUUAUUAUUUGCUUACAGUUUCAAGUACAAAUUAAUACUGUUUUGUGUAAAAUUCACAUGUUUAUUAAUUGUAAGUUAAAUUAGAUGUUUGUUGAAUCUUUGUUACCCACUGGAAACAUUUCCGAUAUGUUCUUUAAAUAAAUUAAAGAAAAAGGAUGCAUGAAUGGCAUUCUCUGAGGAACUGAUGUCAGGAUAAAAGAAUAUUUGUAUAUUUAUGAGUAGCAUGUGGUAUGUAAGCAGUUAAGCUGAGCAUGAUUACUGUUAAAAAA